UAGAAGCGAACGCAAGGACCUUGCACUCUCUGAGUGCGGCACAAAAAACUCAAGCAAACUAGCACUUUCUACAUCUCCGAAAGCCAAUGCCAAGAUGCACCUUCCCUUGUGGGUGUGCUCAGACUGCCGAAGGACAGUAGAGAGCGAGGAUAUCCACCCCACCCCAGACCAAUCUUUAGUGAGUCAAGAUUUCCUUUUGCACAUGCCCCCUGGGAACAGCGGUUCAAAGCAGGAGUCUGUUGGCGGAGGGAGGAUGCUCGUGGGAGCUCAGACAGUUGCAUCCACUGUAGCACUCAACAAUACGGCACCUGCUGAUAUAGCAUGUAGUUGUGAAGCAUGUAAUGAGCGCAGGGAGAUUUCAGCAGAGUCUGAAAGGGAAACCCAGCAGCUUCAGAAUUAUUGGUCAGAUGUCCGGUACAUGAUCCGCUGCAUAUAUCGCCAAGCUGGGACGCCGCUGGCAGAUGACCAGGACCAGUCACUAGUGCCAGAGAAAGAUGGAAUGAAGGAUUUGGUGGAUAGGUUGUGUGAAAGAGACCCUUAUCAGCUAUAUCAACGCUUAGAGCAGCAAGCACGGGAGUAUGUCCUGGAAAUGAAAGUCCGUCUGCUCAAGCACUUGUCUCUAGGCUUCAAGGUGACCCCCAGCAUUCAGGGGCCUCCCCAAGCCCAUCAGUUUAUCUCCCUUCUCCUAGAAGAAUACAGUGCCCUUUGUCAGGCAGCAUGCACCAUCGGCACCUUUCUCGUCACUUUGGAAAACGAACAUUUGAAGAAGUUUCAAGUGACGUGGGAAUUGCACAACAAGCAUCUGUUUGAAAAUUUAGUAUUUUCUGAUCCGUUACUCCAAAAUAGUUUACCGACACUAGUUUCACAGUUGAGGCUUGGAACAGCAUCACAUGACUCGUACAGUGAAGAUAUGUAUAGUACCUUACUACAAAGGUACCUUCAGCUGGAACAAGAAAUGGGUCAAAUUGCUGAAGAGUGGCUGGAGUGUCAGAAAAGAAUUGAUAACUAUGUAGAUGAACAGAUGGCUUUGAAAACCAAACACAGAAUGCUUAAAGAAGAUUGGGAAUUCUAUAGACAAAGGCUGUUUAUUGAAGAACAAUUAAACAACAAGAAAGCAUUGAGUGGCGAGAACAACUUUGCUGAUAAAAUGAGGCACAUGUUAUCUACCAGAAUGUGUAUGUCUGACUGUCCAAACUGUAAUUACCGGAGAAGGUGUACCUGUGAUGACUGCAGCCUCUCGCACAUCCUAACGUGUGGCAUUAUGGAUACACCUAUCUCGGAUGAUAUCCAUUUAAACCCGUUACCACCACUACAAGUAGACUCCACUCCAGACUACCUGUCAGAGAUCCAUCCUCCCAGCAUAUCCUCUGCUAGUUCAGGGUCCGGGCCCAGCUCUCCCAUCACUAUCCAGCAGCACCCCAGGCUGAUUCUUGCAGACAAUGGCUCUGCACCCACAUUUGGUAGUGAUGAUGAAGAUGGUACCCCUUUAUCAGCAAAAUUUGCUCAUAUUUAUCCCUUGAACAACUAUGAUGAUGCAGAGGUAGUCGCCAACAUGAAUGGAAUUCACAGCGAACUCAACGGUGGCGGGGAGAAUAUGGCACUGAAAGACGAGUCCCCUUCAGUGAGCAGUACAAGCAGUAGCUCCUCGGAGGCGGAUGAUGAGGAGGCAGAUGGAGAGAGUGGUGGCGAGCAGCCUGAUGUGCCCAAGGAUGAAAUUCAUGUUGGGAAGAGGUCGCCUAGGAAAGAUGGUGUAAAAAUGGACAGCCCUCCUCCGUCUUACCUCAGCCCACAGGUAGAACCAAUUCCAAAUUCCUGUGAGUGCCAUGUGUGUAAGCAGGAAGCCUCAGGCCUGUCUCCAUCUGCACUGGUGGCAGGACGUCUCCCAACAGGACAUCAGUUCAUUAAUUCCGAUAAACCAGCACAUCCAGCACUUCACCUUUAUCCCCACAUUCACGGACAUUUACCCUUGCAUUCUAUCCCCCACCUGCCCCGACCCCUUAUUCACCCCACGCUGUAUGCAGCCUCUCCGUUUGCACAUAGUAAGGCCUUGCCUCCUACACAGAACCACACUAACAAGCAUCAGGUAUUCAAUGCAUCUUUACAAGAUCACAUGUACCCGAGCUGUUUUGGCAAUUCUCCUGAAUGGAGCCGGUCUAAGUUUAUAAGUCUUUGGGGGUCAGAAAUGAUGAAUGACAAGAACUGGACAACAUUUUUUUUCUUUUUUAACCUUUUUUUAGGGGGUGAUAUUUUAGGGCCCGCACUCCCUGAAAUCAGGCCUGAAGCACUUCCUACAACGUCUAGUAGCGAUACAACACCGGUUCCAGAUGUAAAGGAGAAAAAAAACACUGCCAAGAAGAAAUGUCUUUAUAAUUUUCAGGAUGCCUUUAUAGAAGCAAAUAAAGUUGUCAUGGCAACUUCAUCCGCAACCUCAUCCGUUUCUUGCACAGCCACCACAGUCCAGUCCAGUAGCAACCAGUUCAAAGUAUCAUCCAAGAGGCCUUCUUCAAUAGGUGAUGUAUUUCACAAUAUUAAGGAGGACCAUAGGCAUCCUUCUGCACCAGUUGCACCAAGAAAUAGUCCAAGUUUAUCAGCACUUCCUUCCCUGUCUCCUUCUACACACUCGUCUGCCUCCACUCCGCACCUUCCCAGUAUAAAUCCUCAACCUUUCCCUAAGACAGCUGCCACUGCACCUGGGUUUGUCGACCCUCAUCUAGGUUUCUGUCCUUCUACUGCUGCUCCUCCGACCUCAACCACAGACAGCACGCUCAGUGCCCCUCCUAGUGUCUGCAGUGACCCGGACUGUGAGGGUCAUCGGUGCGAGAACAAUGGUGCAUAUGACCACCAGCAGUAUGAUGGUGAAGAGAGCCAGGAUGAGGACAGCUGUUCAGAACACAGCUCCAGCACAUCCACCUCCACCAAUCAGAAAGAGGGCAAAUACUGUGACUGCUGCUACUGCGAGUUCUUUGGACAUGGAGGGCCCCCAUCAGCACCAACUAGUAGGAACUACACAGAAAUGAGGGAGAAGCUUCGGCUCAGGCUGACCAAGAGGAAAGAGGAGCAGCCCAAAAAGCCUGACCAGAUCUCAGAAAGGGAAACCGGUGUUAUUGAUCAUCGGAAAGUAGAAGACCUAGUGCAGUUCAUCAAUAGCUCUGAGGCCAAGCCAGUGAGCAGCUCCCGGGCAGCUAAACGCCAAAGGCAUAAGCAGAGGAAGCUGGAAGAAAAGGCGCGGCAAGAAGCUGAAGCCAGGGAACAGGAAGAAUUACAACUUCUUGAAGAGCAAAGGCAGCGUGAGGACGAGGAAAGGUUCAAACAUGAAUUUCACCGACACCAGGAGUGUCAGGCCCUGAAGAAAAAGAAAAAAGAUCGCUCUCAUAGGGACUCUCAUAAGGCAGAUCAGCUAACACUAAUCUCUGUCCCCACCAAGGAACUUAGUUCUGAGACACUUCCCAAUGGCACCUUGGAGCAGGAUACAGUGUGUAUUCCACUCCCUGGCAGGCAGACUCAAAAAACUGAGCCCAGUCAGUUACCAGAGGCAGUGAUCGAGCUACCAAAUCAUGCUAUUGGUAGAGACUCAAAACCAUGUGUUGCUAAAGAGCUGAAAGCAAAGCAGGAAGAGCAGCUCUCUCUUCUUUUGGAUUUGGUCCAUCACAAGGAAAACCAUGUCAAACAGAAGCAGCCUAAAUCACAACUUCCAAAACUCAGUCCGGAACAGGUGAAGAAAUCGGACAUGCCCAAACUCCCCGAAGUCUCACCAAAACUGAAAAUCCAAAACGAAACCAAAGCCCGAGUGCCUGAAGUUGCACCUGUGGUUGAGCAGAAAAGGGAAGAGAAAAAAGGCAGCAACGGUAUCCAUAAGAAACAGUUUAAUCACGUAAAGGAGGAGAAGCCAAUGGCAGUUAAUGAGUCCCCGAUAAUCAGCGAGCAGCAGAACAGCAAGACCCAGACCACUGCGGAGUCCCCACAGCCUAAGGGCAAGAGCAAAAGGAAUAAGAAAAAGAAAGGAGACAAAGUCAAUAACUCAAUUGAUGACGUAUUUCUUCCAAAAGACAUUGACCUCGAUAGCGUGGACAUGGAUGAAACUGAAAGAGAAGUGGAAUAUUUUAAAAGGUUCUGCUUGGACUCUGCCCGGCAAACUAGACAAAGACUGUCAAUCAACUGGUCCAACUUCAGCCUGAAGAAGACCACCUAUGCUGCACACUGAACCCAGAACCAUUAAGGAUGGGGACUCACCCUGCAGGAACCAAUCCCACUGAAUUACGCCCUGCUGUUCUGAGCGCUUUUUCAGGCCUUGAGCCAGUACUGCCUUGCCUUGUCCCCAGUGCUGUGUGGAUCUGCACUGAACCCCCUUGGCCUAAUGAGUCUUGCUGAUCUGAAGAAAACAAAACAAAAAACUGAAUAUGCCACUUUCUACCUGAAUUUGUUAGCUUGUGUGCUUGUAGUCUGUGAGUAAGACUUUGGUUGUAGCAAUAUGCUCUCCUCUUUAAUUGCCUUGACCUCGGAUUUGAGAAUGGUUCCUUGGGUUGGGUAGAGGCAUAAAACAAAAGCUAGUUGCAUCCUCCACGAUGGUCCACGUCACCUUGCAGUACGCGACGUUCUAUUACACAGACUACUGGCUAUGGGAAUGGAAUCCCUAGUGCUCCAUAAUCACUUAGUCCUCCCUUCCCCAAGUGUCACGGUGGAAGAAGAUCUCAUAACAGACGAGCAUUUCUCCAAUUUACACAAUCUACUGUCAA